GAGGCACCCGUCGACUCUGAAAGCCCCCCAGCGACCCCAACACCCGAGGCACCCGUCGACUCUGAAAGCCCCCCAGCGACCCCAACACCCGAGGCACCCGUCGACUCUGAAAGCCCCCCAGCGACCCCAACACCCGAGGCACCCGUCGACUCUGAAAGCCCCCCAGCGACCCCAACACCCGAGGCACCCGUCGACUCUGAAAGCCCCCCAGCGACCCCAACACCCGAGGCACCCGUCGACUCUGAAAGCCCCCCAGCGACCCCAACACCCGAGGCACCCGUCGACUCUGAAAGCCCCCCAGCGACCCCAACACCCGAGGCACCCGUCGACUCUGAAAGCCCCCCAGCGACCCCAACACCCGAGGCACCCGUCGACUCUGAAAGCCCCCCAGCGACCCCAACACCCGAGGCACCCGUCGACUCUGAAAGCCCCCCAGCGACCCCAACACCCGAGGCACCCGUCGACUCUGAAAGCCCCCCAGCGACCCCAACACCCGAGGCACCCGUCGACUCUGAAAGCCCCCCAGCGACCCCAACACCCGAGGCACCCGUCGACUCUGAAAGCCCCCCAGCGACCCCAACACCCGAGGCACCCGUCGACUCUGAAAGCCCCCCAGCGACCCCAACACCCGAGGCACCCGUCGACUCUGAAAGCCCCCCAGCGACCCCAACACCCGAGGCACCCGUCGACUCUGAAAGCCCCCCAGCGACCCCAACACCCGAGGCACCCGUCGACUCUGAAAGCCCCCCAGCGACCCCAACACCCGAGGCACCCGUCGACUCUGAAAGCCCCCCAGCGACCCCAACACCCGAGGCACACGUCGACUCUGAAAGCCCCCCAGCGACCCCAACACCCGAGGCACCCGUCGACUCUGAAAGCCCCCCAGCGACCCCAACACCCGAGGCACCCGUCGACUCUGAAAGCCCCCCAGCGACCCCAACACCCGAGGCACCCGUCGACUCUGAAAGCCCCCCAGCGACCCCAACACCCGAGGCACCCGUCGAAGACAUCAUUCUCCCUCCAAACUUGGGCUUCGUGUACUCAUCACCGCCUCCACCAAUGUUCCCAGGCUACUAA